UAUACUAAAAUGACGGCUGCGAGUUUACCAAGGGUUCCCGAGGGUCUGCGGGAUCUGAUGAAGGUGUACACCAAGGAGGUGUUACGUGAAAAGCCGGCUGACUUGUAUGGCUUUUCGGCCAACUUUUUCAACGUGAUUGUUGGUGAAAAGUCACACCAAAUGGUGCGCAAAUACGAACCGGUGCAAACUUAUGAAACCAUCAUGAAAAACCGAAUUCGUCAGCAGGUCCCUCUGUCCCUUGUGUUCAAUAUAAUCCCCGAAAAACUGACCGAUCUAAUCAAACAAUUUAUAAAGGCAGUUCUAAAGGAAAAACCAGAGAAUAUAUACAUAUUCGCGCAGGAGUACUUUCAGAGGAUGUCCAAGGAAAAGUCGGGUCGCAUUGAGUACAGCAAAUAUUCGACAUACGAAAAGUCAUUAAAGGACAAAGAAAACGUAGCUCCAGUAUCGAAGGUAACCUGUGAAUGUGGUCGUACACUAAGUGCGAAAACUCAGGACGGGGAAAACACGGCAUCCGCAUAUACAGACACCAAAUUAGCUGAGGCCGAUCAAAGCACAUUUUCCAGCAGCAUUUCCUACUUGCAAUCGGUUGUCAUUAUUCAGAGAAAUUUUCGCCGAUAUCUCAAGCAGCGGAAUAUAGCACGAGAGAAAGAUAAAUGCAACAGCGUUGAAUAUGUGGCCGCAAUUCUUUUGAUUCAAAGGCAGGUGCGUCGCCUUUUGGCCCAGAAGCGAGUGGAGAAACUUAAAAAUUCACGUGACGCACCAAAACCCAAUGCUAAAUUUAACACUGCCGACUAUAUGAAAGCCGUUGUCGUCAUACAGCGACAUUAUCGCAUAUAUUUAACAAAGAAACAGGAGCAUAAUCGAUUGAAAAACGGCCCAGUAUCCUUAGCAACAGCCGCCAUUGUCAUCCAGAGAGCCUUCAGGAGGAUGGUAGCAUUACACAGGCCCCAAAGAAGUGCAUCUUCGGCUGCCGAUCAAGGCGAGGAGCUCAACGACAAUGCCUCCGAGACCGGAUCCUACACAUCCGUCUCCACCGCACUCCUCUCCACGGAGUCCACCGAGCUGGGCAUCGCCAAUUACGAGGAACGAGUCCAUCAAAAAAUUAUUCACGAGGACGAGGAAGUGGAGAACAAUAACGUUGAUGUCGGCCUUGAGAAGGAGUAUUUCACAGAACCCAUUAAAGGAGCAGAAAAAUCGAUACAACAAAGGAAAAGCGAAAUCCUUAGUGGUGCUUUAAUCGAAAACAUGAUUUGUAAACCCAAUUUGGAAAAUAUUAAGGACUUUAAUAAGGAAUCAAAAGAUUUAGAAGGAGAUGCAGAGAUGAUACCUACGGAACUAGAAAAUAUUAAGGGUUUUACAAACGAAUCAAUAGAUUUAAAAGUAGUUGACGAGAUUUCCAUGGAACCUGGCGUUGAAGCUGACAAAAAUAUAGCUAGUCAAGUUCUAGAACCUGAAAUUAAAACAAAUAAAGCCAGCUUAGAUCUAGAAUCAGCAGCUCAAACCGGAUUUAAUACGGAAAGGGACGAAGAAGAACUCAAGUCCGAAAAAGAAGCUGAUCUUAAAAGUUUUAAAGUCAGUUUUGAUGAAGAAUCGGAAACUCAAGUUGGGCUUAAAGAUAAACUCUCUAUAAAAGAUAUCGAUACAAAAAACCUUGAGGAAAACGAAGGCACAGAUCUUGUUGAGCGGGAAGAUGACGGAUUUUCAGACAGUAAUUUGGCUAAAGAAAUUAAGAAAAACGAUAAUGAUUUAAUAGAACAUGCUUUAAAAACAAUGGAAGAUUCUUUUGAUAAAUUGGAAGAUAAGCCAUUGGAAGAUAAGCCAAAUGACGAAAAAGACAAAACCAAUGAAAUAUUUAAGAUACCAAAAAAUAUAAGAUCUGAAAGCGAAUUACAAGAAGUUACAGGUAAAACCGAAGUUUCCGUUUCUCCAGCUGUUUCGAUUGAAAUUGAACAUGUAAAAGAUAUUUUAGAAGAUUCCAUUUUAACUCAACCCGACACUAAUGUUGAUUCAGCAAAGGAUUUAAGCGAUAUAGACCUUUUGGCAGAUGAGUCUUGUGUUAAGCCCACUAUUGAAAUAGAAAGCUUAAAGUCGGUUUUGGUCAAUCAUAAUGUUCGUGGGCAAGAAUCUUCAAGUGAAAUGAAUUUUGAAGCAUCUACAGACGCGCUAGUCCCAAUCAAAAAUCAAGAAUCAGUUAUGUUGAAAAGUACGCUUUCUGAAAAGGACGCUUCCAUUGAACAAGAAAAUAAACCUUCUUCAAAGUCUAGAGAAAAGAGAAGUAUUGAAGACAAAGAAAGUAUUCAGUCAAAGUCGGAAAGUCAUGAGCCGUUGACAAAAGGUGAUUUCGUUCUCCAAAAUGAAAGGGAUGAAAACUUGAAGCCAAUUAUUCAGGAUGAAGUUCAGAUAAAUAACGACAAAGUGUUAGGCGAAUCAUCGGAACCUAUUUCAGCAACGGAGGAAAUUCCUAGAACACAACCUAAUGCAGAAAAUGAAACAAUUCUGGAAAGUAUUGAAACUGUGACAAACAAUGUACAAGAAUCUUUGGAGGAAGUACUCAAGCCGAUGAGUGAAGAAAGCUCUUUGGACAUUCCUGCCCAAGCUGAUGAUCCGAUCAACGAUUGUAAGGAAAUUAUGGCAAAAAGAACAGAUAUUACGACAGAUAAUUCCCAAAUCGAAGAUGAACCUAUUGGGGAAUUUUCCGAUUUGUCAAGGGUUGAGGCUGAGCGAGAAAGUAAAAUAUUUGAUGACUUAAAAGCUAAUGAGGAAGACCUUGAAAAUUUAGCCCAACGCGAAUCUUAUGAAUUGGAUAAAAAUGUUGAAAACAGUUUAAAUAAAUCAGACCAUUCAUUAGAAAAACUGGUACCAGAUGAAACAGAAAUGGAAAUUAAAAAGCUUUCAAACCAGGAGACUUUACUAAUAGGAUCUGAAAGUUUAGAAACUGAAAAGAUUUCUCCAACUGAAGGGGCGGAGGAAAAAGUGAAGCCAAAUGGAAUUGAUUCUUCAAUCACUAAUGUAAUCGCCGCUACAGAUAUAAAUGAUAGUGUAGAAGAAAUUUUAGUUCAAGCAACUACAUUAUUGGAACGCGACAUUUCAGAGUCGAUAAAAAAUGAUUCUGAGCUAUCUGACACCCAAACUGAAAACAAGGAAGCCAAUGAAGAAAUUAAAACGAACAACGCAAAUGCACCCACACAGAGUAUAAAUACCAGUAUUGAAGAUGUUAUUAUUACAGAUGCUAAAGUGACAACUGAAGGCGCAAAUAUUUCACAAGCUGAAGACGAACAAUUAGAUAAAGAAACUGUACCAUUUGAAUCCGAUACAAUGCACUUAAAGGACAGCAAACUACAAGAGAGUAUAAAAACCAGUGCUGAAGACUCUGUCAUUGCCGAUACUAAAGUUCCAACUGAAGGAUCAGGAAUUUCACGAUCUGAAGACGAACAAGUGGAUAAAGAAACUUUACUAAUGGAAUCCAAAUCAAUGCACAUUGAAGACAGUAAACAACAGGACGAAUCUAAGGAAAUAGAUAAAAUCUUAACUGAACAAUCAAAAAGUUUACAACUUGAAGAUGAAGAAUCGGAUAAAAUAACUUCAACAAUUAAACCCGCAACUGAACAAGUAAAAGAAGGUAAAUUAGAGAAUGAAUCUUCGGAAUUAGAUAGUUAUGUUCCUGAAGUUGCUAAAGAGGAACAAGAAAAAUACGAACCUUCUGCUAAUGAAAGAUCUGAAAGUUUGGAAAAAGUAUUAUCAACUUCACAAGAAAUAAAAUCGCCUUGUGAAACAUUUGAUAGUCAUAGAAACAGCGAGGAAGGUGUUGAAAAUCUAUCACAGUCUAAUGAUGGUGUAAUGUCUAUGAUAGACACAGCCAAUGCAGUGUUGGAAUCUUCCGAAAAAAUCGAGACUGCACUUCCAGAUGAAGAAGCUAAUAAAAUCCUUGAGUCUGAUUCCAUUGUUGAACACACUAUUAAUACUACUAAAGAGGUCGGUAAUGAAGAGAGUCUUGAUCAAACAAAAUCAGAACCGGGUUUGGAGAAAAAGGAGCCAGAUGAAGAUCAUAUAGUUGCCCUCGAAGACGAUUCUCCAAGACCAGCAACCAAAUCUGGCAUAUCCGAUACCUUACACGUGGAACAAAAAGACGAUUCUACAGAUUUAAUAAAAAAUAGCCCUGAUGUUGCGGAGGAUACAAUAACUGAAGAAUCCAAACCAAAGAGGGAGUCCCCUUCUGCCCCAAAUCCCGAUAAAAAAUCUUCAUUGCUUGUAACUAAUCAAUUAAUUGGCACCCAAAAUUUACCUACUAACCAUAUUGAGAUUGAAAAAAACACCAAGAAGUUAACUAGCCCUAGUGUAAAAGAUAAAGAUAUUGGCACCUUAACUUCGGGACGACUUGUACCCACACCCAUAGCUGAGCUGCAGCUCAAGUCAUUCAAAACUCCCAACGACGAUGGCGCCUGGUAUGAUAUUUAUGUGGAGCCCAAGAUGACUUCGGAUCAGGAUACGGGCAAUAAUUCAGUCCCGGUUCAAGCUACCAAAACUGAGGCAGACCAACCAGCAUCUUCAGGUGUAGAAGAACCUACUACUAUCGCAGAAAGAGUUGCGAGUUACUAUACACCCCAAGAAAUCGUAGAAACCGUUGUACCAAAAGCUAAGAACUCUGUUUCAUUUUUCGUUUCAUUCGACUCUGAUGAUGGAAAACCCAAAUACAAAAUACCAAAAAAGUUUCGGGAUCCAUCAAAAAUAGAAACUAAAGAAGAUGUUGCUCAAUUAGAGUAUGAUUUUGAUUCCAACGAAGAGGAAAUUGAAGUCAUUGAAGUCUCGGAGGGCGAUCCCGAGUACCAACAGACAGGAGGAACCAAGCUUCAAACCAUAUUGGAACUUGAUAAUGAAAAUGAGCAGUCCCCAGAAUCUACAAAUCAAAAUUCAGCUUUGGAACCAGAAACGGUAGAUUCGUCCGAAGAAAAUACAAAUAAAAUCGAAAGUAAUUCGGGAAAAGCUGAAGUGGAAAAUAAAACUGAAGAAAGCGAUGAAAAGCUAUUAACAAAAUCCACGAAAAGAGAGACUGAGCAUUUUGAAUCAGCCUAUAAAACCGACAUUAUAAAUAUAACAAGAUCUAUACAGAUUAUAGAAAGGGCUUACAGUCGGUUGAAAAGCAAACGUUUUUUAAAGAGUGAACAAGACAAUAAAUUAGAUUUGGAAAGGCAAAACGAAGCUGCUAAAAUAAUACAAAAGUGGAUUCGGGAUUCUUUAAUGAAAAAGUCCUUAGGAGAUUCCCAGAAAUCAAAAGAAAGUCUUGCUGCAAAGAAAAUUCAGAGGGCUUAUCGAAAAUAUGUGGGGAAAACAACAGAAAGAGAAACUGAAACUGAAAAAUUAAAUAAAAUUAAAAAAGAAGAUAGUGCUGCACUUGUUAUUCAAAAGGCAUUUAGAAAAUAUUUUCAGAGGAAUAAUACCGAGCGUAACAAGUUGCAACCCUCAGAUAAAUUAGAAUUUGAGCAAAAUCAAGCAGCCGGUAAAAUUCAACGAGCCUACAGAAGGUAUCUUAAAUUAUCCGAUAAACCAGCAAUGACAAAUGAAUUACAGCCACAAGAGCUACAAGAAGAUUUAAAUUCAGAUGACGAAACUUCCAAAUUGAAAUUAUCCAAUGAACAAGAAACGAGUUGUAAACAACAAUCUGUAGAACUACAGAAUAUGGAGAAACCUUUAAGUGCUAGUUUGAGCUUAAAUCAAAUUAUGAAAGAAUUGAAAACAGAAGAUCAACACGAUUUAGAGAACGUAAUGAAAACAAUUUCCAAUCAAAUUGAAUUGUCAAAUUGUACCGACCAACCAAAAGUCAUUAAAGAACUGAAGGAUGAGUUAUCAUACGAGGAACCAGAAAUUAUUAAUGAAGUGCAGUCUGAAGAACUAAAGGAAACAGAGAAUCUUUCGGAAGCUAGUUCAAGUCCAAUUUACACUCCAAAAUUAGUAGAUAACCCAGAAAUUAUAAAAGAAUUAAAGGCAGUCGAAUUAGAAGCACAAAUGCCUACGAAAGACAAUUUAGCUCAAAAAUUAGAGGACCAACCAAAAGAAAUGAAAGAACUAAUGUCAGAUGAAAUCAUAGUAAUUAAACAUUCUUUGGAAGACAGUUCGUGUCCUAUUCAUUUGCCACAAUCAUCCGAUGAAUUAGAAAUGAUUAGUAAAUUGCAAUCUGAAGAUCUUAAGAGUACAGAGAGUCCUUCGGAAGCUAGUUUAAGUCCAACUCAUACUCCUAAACUAGUAGAUAAUCCAGAAAUAACAAAAGAGUUAAAAGUAGACGAAUUAGAAAAGGAAAAUGCUGCUAAAGUCGAUUCAACUUUAAAAUUAGCUGACCAACCAAACGAAAUUAAAGAAUUAAUGUCUUUGAGAGACAGUUUAAGUUCGAUUUCUUUGUCUAAAUCAUCAGAUGAAUCAGCAAUUAUUGCGGAAUUGGUAGCUGAGGAACUGCAGGCAAUUGAGAAUCCUGCGGAAGAUGGUUCCAGUCUAAAAUCUGCCAAUAAUCCAGAAAUUACUAAAGAUUUACAGGAGGAAUUAUUUCAAAAGUUAGAGAAUUCUGCGGAAGCAUAUUUAACUCCAAUUCAAGAUACACCCGAGAUCAGAAUUGAAGUGCAGUCAAAUGAACUCUCAUCUCAAGAAAAACCUGAGAUCAUUAUUGAAUUACAUUCAGAUGGACUUCAAGGAGUAGAGACUCCUGUGGAAACUAUUUCCAGUUCGAUUUCUUCAUCAAAUGAUGAACUUGACGGUGAGGCCAGUGCAGCUCUUGUCAUUCAAAGAGCUUUCAGACAAUAUAUGGAACGAAAAAAACUUGAAAACUUUGAUGAGAGCUCCUUUGACUCGAUAACCAGCUCCCGAAUAACAGCCAUAGAAACAUCCAAUUACCCAACUGCUGUAACACCUGUAGAAAGUUUGGUGCACGAAGCCAACGAUGAACCAGGCGAAGAUGCGCCGAGGAUCAGCCAGAAGUCCGAGUGGUUUGUGGGAACAACUCGCAUAGUACCUAGCCAGGGAGUCGUUGAGGAACAUCGUGGGGUAGAAACCGAUCCGGAUCCAGCUGCAAUCACUCGUAAAACUGAGCUCAACACCAGCACGCAAGUAGAAUCAGUUAAAACCGUAGAUAGAAUGCAUGGCUCGCUUGAAUCCAAAUUAACUCCCGGUAUUAGCAGUUCGAAAAUCGAUGAGAGUUCGAGAGGCAGUGCAUCUGAAAAGGAUAAUGCAGUCUCUUCUGGUUUAGCAGGUUUGACAGAGUCAUCUGAAGCUGGCCUUGGUUCAGUGGAGGAUCCCCUACUUCAAUCGCAAUCCGAUUUCGGUGGUAUCGUGCAGUCUUUAGAUAUUGCUUCAACUCAAGAAUUGGUUAAUAAUUUUCUGGAGAAUGAAAUUGAGUACUCGUCUAGGCAGAGACCUUUUCAACCAGAUGAAGUUAUAGAGGAACCUUGUGUAAAGAAAUCCGCUUCACUGGUGAAUCUUCUUUCCGAAGGUGAAUCUGAGCCAGAAACUGUCAGUCAGAAGGCUGAAAAUACAGAUUCUUCAGUAUCUGAAACUACUGGCUUAGAGACACUUUCGGCGGAUACAAUCGACAAGGCAACCGUCAAGUUGUCCAAACCCGAGGAGGUGAUUGAGAAAAUGUCGCAGAUGAAAGAGUCCAAGUCACAGGACAGACUGCCCUCGGCAGCACCCAGUUUUGAUGAGCCCGUAGUGCGACCCAUGAGUUCCCUGCAGGAACAGUACAGCCUGGAUAUCGAGGAUGGCGAUAUUAUCGUCUACAAUCGACUGCAGCGGGAAGAAACCCGUGAAAGCUCUGCCCAGAGUGACUCGGUGGUCUUUGGCGAGGCAGAAGCUGAAACGAUCCAGCUCAACGAGGAGGAGUCCGGAAGAGGGCACUUAAUGCGGCACUACACUAUCGCUGGCGACGAUCCGAGGGGUCUGUUCAGAUCCGUGACCAUUGAUGAUGCGCUGAGUUAUGUGGAGAUCGGUGAAAAAGAUAUGGCCAUCAACAGCAGCAAUAGUUUCUGUUUGGACGACGAAACAUCGGAGAACAUUCGCAAGAAGAUGAUGGCCUAUUCGUUGUCCGAAACGGAUUCCGAUUACUUUGAUCCGAGGAAGACCAGCACAGAGGACUUCGACAUAGACACGGCCAUGGCAGAUGCCAUGGGCACAUCCACCGAAACGGAAUCCACCAUUGUUUCGGCGGCCACGAAAAUUCAGGCCGGAGCUCGUGGCUUUCUCACCAGGCGAAGAUUGCGCAGAGCGAGUGCCGGGACAAAGUCAUCCACUUUGGACACCAAGGCGUCCUUCGGCAACGAUGCGAUCAGCGAAUCCCUGGAGCGAUUCAUCGAGGAGGAGGCGGCCAAAAAGAUACAGGCCGCCUAUCGCAUGCACACCCGGAAACGCAAGGGGCACAGCCGGAAAAUGGAGGGCAUCAGCUUGGAGAGCAACCUGGCCGCCAGGCGUCAAAAACUGCAGCGCGGGGAUGCACUUCGAAAUGACUCUACACCCGAUGACGAAAAUAGUUCGAGCACCAGUGGAGGGCAGGCUCCAAAAAGUUCCAAAAUUGUGAAAAGCAAAACAGUUGGUGAUUCAAAAUCGAAACCCGACAUGGAGUUGAAGUGGUUAAAAAUGAGGCAAAACUCCAUGCCCGUACAAAUUGAUUGCGAGGUUUUCAGAGUUAUUCCCAAGCACAUGCGAAAACGUAUAAAAAGCGCCGAGGCAAACAAACGAAAGUAAGGUAUAAACAAGUCUAUAAGUAU